GUGUGUCAACUGUUGCUUUUCUGACCAAUAACUGCUAUUGAUAUAACUGUCCAUACAGACAAAAUGAUAGCAUACCUGUUGUUUCAUGGGACUUUUUAAAAUAGGCUGCCAGGUGUGUACAUGAGUUUUCCCCCAUGUUUUUUCCUUCAUGUGAAUGAACCUAAGAUGCAAUAUUAUUCACAGCCCAGAAAAUUGGGGUAGCUUUCCUUCAGAAACCGCAUCACUUCUUGCAAGAAGGAGUUAGACUCAACAUUUCUUACCUGGACAGUAGUUGAAUAUUGCAGCCACCAGAAUGGACUUCUCCAGAAGACAAGGCAUGAUUAUACUUUCUUUCUUAUUUGAGAUGACCAGUUGUUCUGCACAAGAUCUAGAAAAGCUCCGUGCUGUCACAAUACCUCGUGAAUUGGAAAGUGUUUCUGUCAGAGCUGUUUUAGAAAGCACAGAAUGUAGUGUAACAUGUGGAAUAGGCAGCAAGAAAGAAAAGCGUUGCCUUGUGGACAGAUCUGGCAUUCAGGACUGUGAGGAGGUGAUAGUGGAUUGUUUUAAUAACUGGCAAUGUGGCAUGGAAGUCUACACUGUAAAGGUUGGUGAUCAUUUUACUAUGGACUGUCGGAUACCAUCCACUGGAACUCUAGGUGGCAACAAGCACUACUAUUGGAAAAUAGCGCGGGGGAUAGUGAGCAACAAUGAGCAGUAUUUCCGACCACUAAAAAUUAGGAAUUCCACCAUUAUAUUUGAGUCCAUACAGGAGAAAAAUGCUGGAACCUAUUGCUGUGAUGUACAUAGAGAAGAUGACUUGAAAUUGGUUAAACGCAUUUUCUUUGCUGUUAGAAUCUUUACCCCUGACAUUAUUGAUAUCAACUACGACAAAUAUGUCAUCAGUAAACAGAAGUUGGCCGUGAUGGCAGAAGGACUUACUACCGAGGUUGGAGAGCAAAAAGUAAUAUCAAAUGAAGAAUUAUACACCUAUGUCGGCAUUGGCAGUGCUGUAGGACUAUUGGCGGGUGUAGUUAUUUUAUUGUUGAUACGACGCACAUGUAGAGCCAAAGUGGAGGACAAUACAAGUAAAUUGUAGCAUCCUCAAUCUUUAUCAUCCGUACAAGAUAUUUACCAGUUGAACAACUAUUUGACCUGUCCCAUUCACUAACUCACAUCGGAUUCGUUUCAGAGUAGAAAACAUAGUAGAAAAUCAGUUUAACUAUUGGAGAGGAACUUUUCCAUUGCCAAAGAAGUCUGGAUAAAUGCACCAAUAAAAAUGUGGCUUAAAAAAUUAGUUUUCUUUGGUUUGUAUU